CUCCCGGAAGUCCCGGAGCGCCCGGCUCGGAUCGGCGAUGCGCUCGCGCGCCGCUCCCUGGCGUCAUGGCGGCGUCGGGGAAGUUCAGCACGUUCCGCCUCCCGCCGUUGCCCACCAUUCGAGAAAUCAUUAAGUUGUUUAGACUGCAAGCAGCGAAGCAGCUGUCCCAAAAUUUCCUCCUGGACCUGAGGCUGACAGAUAAAAUUGUAAGGAAAGCCGGCGAUCUGACAAAUGCUCACGUUUAUGAAGUGGGUCCCGGACCAGGGGGAAUCACAAGAUCCAUUCUCAAUGCCGAUGUUGCUGAACUUCUGGUAGUGGAAAAGGAUACCCGGUUCAUUCCUGGAUUACAGAUGCUUUCCGAUGCAGCACCUGGGAAGCUCAGAAUUGUGCAUGGAGAUGUGUUGACAUUUAAGUUAGAAAAGGCUUUUCCACAGAGUGUGAAAAGAAACUGGGAGGAUGAUCCUCCAAAGCUACAUAUUAUUGGAAAUCUGCCUUUCAGUGUUUCAACUCCACUAAUCAUCAAAUGGCUUGAAAAUAUUUCCCUUAAAAAUGGGCCUUUUGCUUAUGGCAGAACUCAAAUGACCUUGACCUUCCAAAAGGAAGUGGCUGAGAGACUUGUAGCCACGAAAGGAAGCAAACAGCGCAGUCGCCUUUCCAUUAUGGCCCAAUAUCUCUGUGACGUCAAGCACCUCUUUACCAUCCCAGGCCAAGCCUUCGUCCCCAAACCAGAGGUCGACGUGGGAGUGGUGCACUUCACGCCCUUGGUCCAGCCCAGGAUACAGCAGCCCUUCAAGCUGGUGGAAAAGGUCGUUCAGAAUGCCUUUCAGUUCCGAAGGAAAUACUGCCACCGAGGGCUCGGAAUGUUGUUCCCCGAGGCUCAGCGCCUAGAAAACACUGGAAGACUCUUACAGCUGGCGGACGUCGAGCCCACUCUCCGGCCCACCCAGCUCUCCAUCUUGCACUUCAAGAGCCUCUGUGACAUCUACAGAGACAUGUGUGACGAAGACCCUCAGCUCCUUGCUUAUAAUUUCAGAGAAGAACUUAGGCAAAGCAAGAGGAAACUCGUGGAGGAGGAGGAGGAGGAGGAGGAGGAAGGGGAGGAGGAAGGGGAGAGCCGCGGGCCCUAGCCGCUCCCCGACACGGGACUUCCACAGUGUGGAGCGCUGGACAAUAAAUACCAGUGACCAGAUGACUUGCGUUCCUUUUACUGUACAGCUUGGUAGAGAAAAUAAAUAUCAAGUAAGGUACA